AUGGAAUAUGUUUUGGAGGGGAGAUUGGCUUACCACAACGGCGGUAUCCCUUCAAAUGAACAGUGUCUACCAGCAGUUGAAGAACAACUCAAGCAAAUCAAUGCAGUUCAAUCAGAACUGAAGUUGUGUCUAGAAGCGGCUCAACAAUCGAUGAAGGCUCAAUUCAACAAAGGCGUGAAGGAAACCCCAAAUUGGAACAUUGGAGAAGAGGUUUGGUUGAACAGCAGGAAUAUUUUGACAACAAGACCCAUCCCGAAGUUGGACCACCAAUGGCUGGGACCAUUUCAAAUUUCUAAGAAAAUAUCCCAGUCCGCCUACAAACUGAAUUUGCCACUAUUCAUGCAGGGUGUUCACCCGGUGUUCCAUGUUUCAGUGCUGCCAAAGAACAACUCAGACACCAUUGCUGGGAGACGCCACCCAUCACCAGAACUGGUACAGGUCAACAACGAGGAGGAGCGGGAAGUAGAAGGUGUGAUGGUAUGUCGGAAAAGAGGGAAGAAGGUGGAAUACUUGGUCAGCUGGAAAGGAUUCAUACCAGAGGAGAACUUGUGGGAACUGGUGGACAACUUGAAACACUGUCAAGAACUGGUUGCCAAGUUUAACACCAAAUUUCCGGAUGCGGCGUCAAGGCACAAGGGGUCACGCAGAAUGAAGUGA